UGUCUUUGCUUUUACUCAAAUGUAUACCGCGAGCCGUAUGAACACAAAUCGUUCAAAAUAAAUGUUAAUUGAUUGUAAUUUUAUAAUAUAUCGUUUGAUUUCGUUCAUUACUUAGUUAUAUACAAAAUAUGGUCUUACUUAAAGAUGUUUUAUUCGCCUCUUUCCGGAAGAAUCCUCGCAAGUACUUACGAGGAAAGUUUCUAGAUUCCCUGCGUUUGUCAGUGAAGGGUGGACACGGUGGCAAUGGUCUUCCGAAAUAUGGUGGCGUUGGAGGACAAGGUGGUGCAGUAUAUUUUGUUGCCAAAGAAGGCAAGUCUUUGACGGAUGUAGUUUGCAAACAUUCCAGCAAACGAAUAGUUGCCGGCAAUGGAGAAGAGAGUAGCAAGGAUCGAAUACUCGGUCGACGCGGACUGGACCAACGCGUUGAGGUGCCGGUGGGUAUUCGAGUGUUUGAGGACGAUGGAACUUUGAUUGACGAAUUGAACGAGGCUGAUAAAAGUUGUUUAGCCGCUGGGGGCGGUAGUGGGGGAUGUUCCGGUAAUUCGUUUAUCGGCAAAACGGGACAGAGUCGAACUUUGAGACUUGAUUUGAAGUUGAUUGCCGACAUAGGGUUGGUUGGGUUUCCGAAUGCAGGAAAAAGUACCCUGGUUAAAGCGCUGUCGAAUGCUUCACCAAAGAUUGCUUCCUAUCCUUUUACCACAAUUCGACCGCAACUCGGGACAAUAGAGUAUGAAGAUUACCGCCAAAUUACGAUUGCAGAUCUACCUGGAUUGAUCGAAGGUGCUCAUGCUAAUUUCGGAAUGGGUCACACUUUUUUGAAACACGUCGAGCGAACGCGUCUACUGUUAAUCAUCGUUGACGUGUUUGGCUUUCAACUAAGUCAAAGUCACAGGAAACGAAACUGUUUAGAAAAUAUUUAUGCUUUGAAUAAGGAGCUGGAAUUGUACGAUAGGACACUAUUGGAAAAAUCGUGCAUUUUAUUAGUUAACAAGAUGGAUCGUGAAGGAGCCGUUGAAGAAAUUUGCAAAUAUGACAAGUACUUCAAUGAUCUACAAGAUGGAUUAAAAUACUGCCCAGAAGAAUUGAUCCCUAACCAGCUGUUGAACAUUGAUCAGGUUAUCCCAAUAUCCGCAAAAAGCAGGAUAGAAGUUAACAAAGUGAAACAGGCCGUACGGCAGACUUUGGACGAGAAAGCGCUUCAACAAUUACGUGAGGAUGAAAAUGAUUCCGAGAGGCACGAUGAAUUACGUGCAAGAAUUAACGAACGCGGUCCGAAAGUGGUGUAGGUAGAAAUCUAGGUUAUGUAAGUCGUGUAAGGAGAGGAGAAUAAAAAACAAUGAAUGAAUA